AUGCAAGAAUUUAAAAGCUUUGAAGCAUUAAUAAGAAAAAUGUGUAUAUUUAAAAUUAUGAAUAAAAACGGAUCUAUUUUUUUUAAAAAGAGCUUUUAUAAUAUUUUAAUCUGUGUAAAUGAAAUAAUUGUAUUAAUGUUACAUUUAGAACAUAACAUUUGUUUUUUAAAUGAGUUAAACUUUUUUAUCUCAACUAUUUUAGCUUUAGCUUUUGUGAGUGAUAUAUUUGUACCAUAUAAAUCCCUACAUUUACUAUUCUAA